AUGGUGUAGUACACGAUUGCAAGAACAUUUAUCUGAUAAAGUUUUCUGUAAUGCGAUUGAGACAGUUUGGAUCCUGAAAAGCUGUGGUUCAUUUACGGGAAGCAGAAAAUCUAAACUGGUGCAAUAGUCAAAAUAUGGGGUCUGUUGGUGCUGUGUUUGUGUUGCUGAGCUUGGCACUUCUGUCGGUAUUGGGUGUCCCUCCAAUUGGGACCCAGCCUGAGCAGGUGCACAUUUCCUAUCCAGGGUUCCCUGGCUCUAUGGAGAUCACCUGGACCACCUUCAACGAGACGGACGAGAGCACUGUGGAGUAUGGCCUGUGGGGGGGCCGGGUGUUUGAGCUGACCGCCAAGGGCAACACAACUCUGUUUGUAGAUGGUGGGUCGGAGGGGAGGCAUAUGUAUAUCCACAGGGUCACUCUCACCAACCUAAGACCGGCCUCUGCUUAUGUUUACCAUUGUGGCAGUGAGGCUGGCUGGAGUGAUGUGUUUGCCUUCACUGCUCUGAAUGAGAGCUGUGGCUGGAGUCCCAGGUUUGCAAUAUAUGGGGACAUGGGCAAUGAAAACCCUCAAUCUCUGGCCAGACUGCAGAAGGAGACCCAGGUCGGAAUGUAUGAUGCCAUUUUACACGUUGGGGACUUUGCAUAUGACUUGCAUGAGGACAACGGCAGGAUUGGAGAUGAGUUCAUGCGUCAGAUCCAGUCCAUAGCAGCCUACGUGCCCUACAUGACGUGUCCUGGGAACCAUGAGUCUGCAUAUAACUUUUCCAACUACAAGAACCGCUUCAGCAUGCCAGGACGGACUGAAGGUCUAUGGUACAGCUGGAAUGUAGGGUCAGCCCAUAUCAUCUCUAUCUCCACUGAGAUAUACUUCUUUCUUGAUUAUGGCCUGGACCUCAUCUUUAAGCAGUAUGAGUGGCUUAAAAAGGACCUUGAGGAGGCCAACAGGCCAGAGAACCGGGCAGAGCGACCCUGGAUCAUCACUAUGGGACACCGACCCAUGUACUGCUCUAACAAUGACAAAGACGACUGCACACAAUUUCAGAGCUAUGUCCGCCUUGGGCGGAAUGACACCAAACCGCCAGCUCCAGGUCUGGAGGAUCUCUUGUACCUUCACGGAGUGGAUCUGGAACUGUGGGCCCAUGAGCACACUUAUGAGAGGCUGUGGCCAGUCUAUGGCUACAAGGUCUUCAAUGGGAGCAUGGAUCAACCCUAUGUGAACCCCAGAGCUCCAGUACAUAUCAUCACAGGCUCUGCUGGCUGCCGGGAGAAGCAUGACCCGUUUGUCCCUAACCCAAGGGACUGGAGUGCCUUCCGCAGUACAGAUUACGGAUACACCCGCAUGCAAGUGUACAACACCACCCAUCUAUACCUGGAGCAGGUCUCGGAUGACCAGUAUGGCAAGGUGAUUGACAGCAUAUGGGUGGUGAAGGAAAAACACGGCUUCUCAGCAUGGUUCUCAUCAACUUAGGACUCCAAGGAAAUCUUUUCUCAGGAAAAUGCACUGUAAAUAACAAAUUCUGUUGAACUGCGUUGUUAGCCAAUAUCAGACUAAUCCGCAAAAUGAUGAUUAUCCCAGAAAUCUAUGAAAUUAAUCUUCAUAUACAAGGCCAGCCAUGGAGGACUGUCAGUGUUUACAGACAUUUCAUAUUGGGAGGAAAAGAAGAUUUCCCAACUGUCUGCUAAAAAUGAUCAGACCUGGUUUCAGAAUCAUGAAGUGUAAUGAGUAAAUCAGCUGAAUAUAGUGGUCACAAACCCUAAGUGAGUGUUAAUUCCCAAUCAUAAGUCUCUAUUAAAUCGUAAUUGGGAGAAUUUUCUUCAACACUUAAUUAAGAAUAUUACUGUAACAAGGCACAUAACUUUCUAACUGGUAUCAAUAAAUCCUGUUAUUCCAAUUAUCAGUAUCUUUUGGUUUCCACCAGACACAGCAGUCACCCAAGCAAGCCAUCUCAGACAACAAUGGGCUCUGGUUACUCACAACCUUCCCUUCACAGGCAGACUAAUACAUAAUGGGUAACACUGUCUGGCCAAGACCUGGAAAUAUGUUUAAAAGAUAAAGUCUCUCCUGUAUUGUUAGUCUAAAGUUCUGCAGCCUCCGUUGGCUUGUCCAACACAACAAUAAGGAUUUGUGUUUGUCUGUGUGUCUUUUAAAAACCUCCACAAUUAUAGUUAAACAAGGAACAUUUGGCCUUGUGGGAACAUUUUGCCAGGAAAAAGGCUAUUUACCGGAUAGAAUUAGGGUGUUUAUGAGUUAGGGUUAGGAUUUGUUUAAGGUUAGGAUUUUGGGGUUACAGUUAGGUUAAGGUUAGGGUUAGUAAUUAAGGGAGAUGGGAGAUUUUGAAUGUGAAUACAUUUGUCUCCCCACAAGGUUAGAGAUUGUUAAGCAGUGUGUGUCUGUGGGUUUCCGUUUACACGACUGCUAAGCGACUAGCUGUUAGAAUGCAGUAAAUAAGACUGGGUCCGGACCAUAUCGCACACAACCGUUCUGCCUGCUGAAUAAAAAGACCCUGUCAAGUCCAGGGGUUUACUCAUUACGUCACAUGGAUCAACAUCCCAGGGUGAAAAAUAGGGAGACGCUACCAUCACCGUAGAAGUACUGUAGAAGUACACAGGUAGUUUAAGGUCCACUUAUACACAUUCAAACAGCCAUUCUCUUCUACUGAUGCUCUGUUUGUUUUACCACAUUAACAAUGUAAUUAAUGUGAGUCUUAAAGUAGUGUUCUGUCUUGACAAUUCCUAUGUUUCAAAUAUUAAAAUAAACACAUUUUCAAGAGGAAAAUAA